CAUCUCCCUCAAUCUUUUAAUCCUAUCCUAUAGCAAGUAUAAUACUUAGUGAGACAAAAAUACCCUUUAGACGACUAUACCUUACACAAAAUAUGUAACUGCCAUGUCCCUCAAAUUUAACUUUAGCUGCAAGUUGCGAGUUUAGCCCACCUCUCAAGGCUUUUUAGCUGCAUUUUCUGAAACAGGGCAGAGCCCAGGGAAAAAACGAAACCACCUCCUCAUCUUCAAGGCUUCAACAUCAAACAAAUCUCAUCAAAUAAUUUUUCCAAAGAAAACCCAUAUUAUAACUCAUCAAAUGAUUAGUGUUAGAAGCAAUCCAUCCCCACCUGCACUCCCACAAGAAGAUGCUUGGAUUACUUCUUACCAAAAGCUACUUCCUCACUGGCACUCUCUUUCUCUUUCUCAUCAGUAUUCCACACUGCCAAUAUCAAUAUCCAGAGUUAAUCAGUUUGACGCUGCUAGAUUGGAUAUUGAGAUGUCAGCGAUGUUAAAAGAACAGUUGGUUAAAGUUUUCUCCUUGAUGAAGCCAGGAAUGUUAUUUCAAUAUGAACCAGAACUUGAUGCUUUCCUUGAGUUUCUCAUUUGGAGGUUCUCAAUUUGGGUAGAUAAGCCUACUCCAGGAAAUGCUCUUAUGAAUCUGAGGUAUAGAGAUGAACGUGCCAUGGAAAUAAGAAGAAAAGCCUUACCUACAGCCUUAACUUGUGCGACUCAUUAUCUUUCUGCAGUAAGGACAGGUUUGGAAGGGCCUGGAUUAACUGUUGCUCAGAAAAUGUGGUAUUGCAUUGCCACGGUUGGUGGUCAGUACAUUUGGGCUCGUUUACAAUCAUUCUCUGCUUUUCGCAGAUGGGGUGAUUCUGAGCAGAGGCCAUUGGCACGGCGGGCUUGGGGUUUGAUGCAACGUAUAGAAGGGCUUUACAAGGCUGCAUCAUUUGGCAACCUACUCAUAUUUCUUUACACAGGAAGGUAUAGAAACCUCAUUGAAAGAGCUUUAAGAGCAAGGCUUGUCUAUGAAAGCCCUAAUAUGAAUCGAGCUGUUAGUUUUGAGUACAUGAAUCGCCAGUUGGUUUGGAAUGAGUUCUCGGAGAUGCUGUUGCUGCUUCUCCCUCUUCUGAACUCAUCCACUGUUAAAAGUUUUCUUCACCCAUUUUCGAAGGACAAAUCUUCAAGAUCUACGGAGGAUGACUCUACCUGUCCCAUUUGCCGGGCAAGUCCAACACUUCCUUAUCUUGCUCUACCUUGUCAGCAUAGGUAUUGCUACUACUGCCUUAGAACACGAUGUGCUGCAGCUCCAUCAUUCCGGUGUUCCAGAUGCAGUGAGCCUGUUGUGGCAAUGCAGCGGCAUGGUAGCGUUGUUGAGCAUAGAACUCAGAGUCAGUAACUUGCAUAGGGGAAGGAAAAAAUGGAAAAAGAUAAAGAUAAAGAAAAGAACGUUGUAGACUUCAAAAUAUGUAUAACAAAAAUGCCUGAAUGUGGCAUACAAAUCAUUUGAGAAACAAAGCUUUUUGUUUUAAAGCAUUUGUACCCCAAUUGAGUGGGGAAUUAAUCAUUCUUUGUCAACUUUCACAUUAAUAACGAGGUAUUUUUUCAACUCGUGGAAGAGAGAUUCGUCCUUCCCAUAUUGGUUUAUUCUUAUGAAUCUUUGUCUGGUAAA